AUGGUUGGAGCAAAGAUCUUCUCGAUUGAGGGCAAGGGCCUGAAACUCACCACCGCGGAGGAUAUUGAGCCACACAUCCAGGACCUGAAGAGCAACAACGAUGUAGAGGAGAUCAAGUUCUUGGGCAACACAUUGGGCAUCGGAGCCAGUGAGGCUCUUGCUAAGGUCUUGGAGGGCAAGAAGAGUCUACAGGUCGCAAACCUCGCCGACAUCUUCACCUCGCGUCUCCUCUCUGAGAUCCCGCCUGCGCUAUCGCACCUCCUCACCUCCCUCCUCACCCUGCCAAACCUCCACACCGUCGAUCUUUCGGACAACGCGUUUGGCCUCAACACCGUUGCCCCGCUCGUAGACUUCCUGUCGCAACACACCCCACUACGCUACCUCUACCUAAACAACAACGGUCUCGGACCCGCAGCCGGUGUUCUCGUCGCCGAUGCACUCACCGCGCUCGCCGCCAAGAAGGAGGCAGCACGGAAGGAUGGCAAAGAAGUCCCAGACCUGGAGCUCGUAAUCUGCGGUCGCAACCGUCUGGAGAACGGCAGCAUGGCCGCAUGGGCAAAAGCAUAUGCCGCCAAUAGUGGCGUCAAGACCAUCAAGAUGACACAGAACGGCAUUCGUCAGGAGGGUAUCUCACACCUCAUCACCAACGGUCUCGCACACCUGUCUAAACUAGACACGCUCGAUCUCCAAGACAACACAUUCACAGCCAUGGGCGCAAAUGCCCUGAGCAAAGCCGUCGGAAACUGGACCGAGCUCCGUGAGCUUGGCGUAGGCGACUGUCUCCUCAGCGGACGCGGAGGCGUUGCGCUCGCCGCCGCGCUGGAGAAGGGCAAGAACAAGAAAGUUGAAGUCCUCCGCCUCCAAUUCAACGAUAUCAACGCCAAGGGCCUUGCUGGCCUGGCUUCUGCCUCUUCGUCCGCCCUUCCUGCUCUCCGUCGUGUGGAAAUAAAUGGCAACAAGUUCGACGAGGAGGACCCUAGUAUCGAGAAGCUCCGCGGUGUGCUCGAUGAGCGGAAAGAGGCGUCUGGUGAGCACGAGGACGAUGAGGAGUACUGGGGUCUGGACGAGCUAGAUGAGUUGGAGAGCGAAGACGAAGAUGAAGAGGAGAGUGACGCGGAGGAGAAGCGCGGCGAUGCUGAUGACGACGAGGAGGGUGUCGAGGUCGAGGAGAAGGCUGCGAGACAGAUUGUCGAGGAUACCAAGGCCGAGGAGAGCAAUGUGCCACAGGAGAAGGAUAAGAAGGUUGAUGAUUUGGCGGACCUCAUGUCCAAGACGGAAAUUAAGUGA